AUUGAUGGGACCGGCUACCUGCGCUGCGGAGACGCCUGCUACGAUCCGUUCCGGUACAACUGCACCGACUCCGCACUGACCUCCGUCCCCCCGCAUGACUGCGUCGAGGAAUCCGGCUCGGCGGUCUUCUGCACCAAUGCGGGAUGCGUCAGUUUGGUGUGUUGUGCGGGGCUGUUUGCGGUCAAUGAUAGAUGCCAGGCUCCUUGUGAUGCCGAUGACUCGCGGUGUGCGGUGAAGGACCAGAAGUGAGGGUGGAUGACAUGGCGUUCCUCUUAUGAAGUGGAUGCUUACAUCGAAU